UCUGAAUCUGAAUUCUGAAUCUGAAUUCUGAAUCUGAAUUCUGAAUCUGAAUUCUGAAUCUGAAUUCUGAAUCUGAAUUCUGAAUCUGAAUUCUGAAUUCUGAAUCUGAAUUCUGAAUCUGAAUUCUGAAUCUGAAUCUGAAUUCUGAAUUCUGGAUCUGAAUUCUGGAUUCGGAAUUCUGAAUCUGAAUUCUAAAUCUGAAUUCUGAAUCUCAACUGUGAAUCGACAUUCUGAAUAUGAAUUAGGAUAAUUAAACACAAUAUCUGAAGUUCAAAUCUCUAAGUAAUGGUGUGUGAAUGAUAAAAAUUUGUUCUUCACAUUACUACACUGUCUUCGGUGAUAAUCACCGUCGGUAAUUUAUGCAAUACCAUUGAUAAAAUCUCGCUGAUGUGGUUCUCCCCUACUAAAUAAAAAUGACCCGGUACAAACAGAUGAAUUCCCCAUUGAAUUUCUCCAGUAGAAACACAACGUUUGAAAGAUGUUUGCAGAUUAUCUCCUCCUAUUUUCGCCACCUCCGAUCAUAAAACGCAUAUCCUUUUUCUGAUAGUCGUCCAACUUCAAUGAAAGGAAACAGCACAUAAAAAAAUAAGUCAGCAAAGCAACAGUAUGCCAUGACGAGUGCCAGCAAUACAGAACAGUUCGAAAGACGAAGAUCAACCGCAACAGCACCAAAGCAAGCGGCGAAACGCGUGCUUUGAGUGAACUCAGGCAGGAAAAAAAGGGAAAAUCAUCUGUCUGUCCGCAACAGACACGCACACGUCAUGGCACACUCUGAUUUUCCGAUGUUUUCUUUUCUCUCUCCCUCUCUCUCUGGUUUGGUUUGCCUAAUUUUCCACCCAUCAUCACCGAAUGUAGGAAAAUUUUUGGCGCAUAUUUGAACGCUUUCAGGAAAAAUAGCAACAACGGUAACAACAUCACCACAAUGUUGAAUGAACGGCGAAUUAGAAAGAUUCCAAUUCCGGUAGAAGCCGGAAGUUGUCGGCACGUUGUAAGUAUUUUGUUAAGUGGUGGAACGAAAACGGAAAACGUCAGUGAGAAUUGACACAAUUCAAUUGGUUUGGUUAACAAAAGGAGCGUUUUUUUUGGUACUUCAAUUGUAAAUAAAUUACAUAAAAUUUGUGCUUUUUCAUUUCUCUUUUCCUUGCCAACAAUUUGUUCGAUUGUGUCCACGGAUUUUGUAGUAUGGCUUACAAAAACGAAGGCCACAGCGGGGUCAACCAGCUGGGCGGGAUCUUCGUGGGAGGACGGCCCCUGCCAGACUCGACCCGGCAGCGGAUUGUCGAGCUGGCCCAUGCCGGUGCCCGGCCGUGUGACAUUUCCCGUAUCCUGCAGGUGUCCAACGGGUGCGUGAGUAAAAUUUUAGGAAGGUACUAUGAAACCGGAAGCAUCCGGCCACGUGCCAUCGGCGGAUCGAAGCCGAGGGUGGCCACACCGGAGGUUGUCAACAGGAUCUCCAUGUUCAAACAGAACUGUCCGAACAUAUUCGCGUGGGAGAUUCGGGACAAGCUGCUUAACGAAGGAAUCUGCACCCCGGAGAAUAUUCCAAGUGUUUCAUCGAUCAACCGGGUUCUACGCAAUCUGGCCGCCCAGAAGGAGUUCAGCAAGAAGCCGCACCACUCGGGGGUCGGGGGACAGGAAUCGAACAGCAACGACUCGAGCUAUCUGUCCAACAAAACUCUCUCGGAUGCGUCCCCAUUUAUGCACUACAAUAAGUACGCGACGGCGGCCGGUGGAGAAAGCGGUGAGUUUGGAGCUCGAGCUCUGGAAAUGAACCACAACCUCAAUCAUCCAGCCAACUCAACUACGGUUUCAGCUGCGGAUAUCAAACCGAAUUCCGGAGGAGAUCAUGAUCCAAGUAAGGGAGUUAGUCCGUUCGGAAACGGGAAGGGCUGCUUUACGAAUUUGGAUUCGCCGAUUGGAGUUGGAGGCGGAGGGGGAGGAGGGAUAGGUGGUGGCGGUCAUGGUUCCGGAAUGAAAUCGCCUGGCGUUGGAGGAGGGGGAGGCCUUGGCGGUCAUUCAUCGGCAAUGGGUUUCGACAGCGAAUCGGAUCGGUUGAGUUUGAAGCGGAAACUGCAGCGCAAUCGUACCUCCUUUACCGUCGACCAGAUCGAGUACCUGGAGAAGGAAUUUGAAAGGACCCACUAUCCAGACGUGUUUUCCCGAGAAAGAUUGUCUUCCAAAACCAAUCUACCUGAGGCGCGGAUACAGGUUUGGUUUUCGAACCGCCGCGCCAAGUGGCGUCGCGAGGAGAAACAACGUUCGCAGGCCGCUUCCGAGGGUUCAUCCGUAGGAGUAUCCGUAUCGGCCGCUUCCGCACCUCCUCCAUCUGCCAUUAGCUCGUGUAUGAACCUUACCUCACCGCUCGUUUCCCAUGUGUACGAUUCCAAUAUGUGCGUCGAAGAUUCCAACAGUAACUAUCUGAGCAAAUCCUAUCCGUUAGAACCAACGGCUUUUCAAAAUUUGAAUCCCCUGAAAUCUCCCCAAAACCACCAAUCCCAGACGCACUCUCCGAUGUCCUUCAAGCUCUUUCCCUCGGAUUCCGGCGUUGGAAGUGGUGGUAGUGGAUCGUUGACCCCGGUGCCAGGUGGUGGAAAUGGAGGUGGCGGCGGUCCAGGAUCACUCCACGAGCCGAACCUGAUGGAUGCGGUAGCCUUGUCCAACAAUGGCGGUUUCGCACACGUACCUACCUCGGACGAUAAGUCCCUGUACAACCACUUUGCCUAUUCGGCGGCGGCUGCGUCCACAGCGGCGGUUGCAGCCGCAGCCAACAUGCACCAUUCGGCGGCGUACUCGGCGGCUGCGGCGGCCGCUGCCGAUCACCACCAUCAUCAUCAUCACCAAUCGUACAACGGGAUGUACCUGAAGAACCAACUCUACAAUCUUCCAACCAAUGGCGUCCUCAGCUUCCAGUCCACGCUCGAUUGGAACAAAAGUUAAUGGUAAGCGUCGCGGCGUCUUCCGAAAAACGCUGCUGCAACGCCCUCCACCAAUGGUGACUUUGAUCAAACUCUUAACACAAACAGUCACGCUGACAAUUAACAAAAGAAGAAAAACAUUCCACUUUUAAACAAGCGAUUGCUAUGAUGAUGAUAAUGCUCUGAUGACGAAGAAUUGUUGCCAUAAAACAAUAAAGCACGAUGCCAUAAAACGUGGUGCAGAUUGAUCUUCUAAAAAUAUCGAAAUAAAAACUAAAUGAAUGUUAAACCCUUGAUAACAAAAAUUAAACUCGAAGACAAACAUAAUGAAAUGAAACUUGAACGUGAUCAUAUUUUGCUAAAAGUGAUGGUUGUCCGUAAUUUUACAUUUGAAAACAAAAGUAUAUAUCAGUAACAGUAACGUUAGAAAAUAACUAUUGUAUAAGUAUUAUUUUACCGACAAGUGUAACACCCGCGAAAAAACCACAUUUAAUGAGAUGCUGUGAGACACAAGUAACAAAAAAAAUCAUUGAUCCAACUAAAAACGUAACUUAAUGAAAUUGUGUUAGGAAAAUUGACUAUAUUUUAAUCUGCAUAAGAGGAAUCUCACCGAGAGCUGCUCGGUCUAUAAAGGAAAUUUUAAUUCGUACUUAGAACAAAAUAUAUACUCAUCAACUGAAAUGAGGGAAGAAAAAGAAGCAAAUGUAAGCGGGAAGGAGAAAAACAAACUGAAAUGUACAAUACAGAACAUUGAAAGCACAGAAUAAAUAUUAUGAUGAAGUUUAUAACUAUUAUCGCAAUGGAAAUGUCCAUUU